UUCGUUCGCAAAACAAAACAAAUUAAAAUCUUGGCACUUUCAUUUUUGUGGGUGGCUAAUUUUCUCCUAAAAUCUUGUAAUUUGUUGUUUUAUUGGGUACGGUUUUCCUGGACGCGAUGUCGCUCGAACCGUCCAAAGUGGUGGACUUCCGGUACGAGUACCAAAACUGCGACGACACCAUGGCCAAGCUGGUAUAUCCGGUGGAGAUUCCGUUCCGCGGUCAGGUUCCGGAACUGGCGCACCGGAUCGUAGCGGAGCGAAUGGACCCGAUAAUGAAGUUUCUGUGUGCGGACCAGCAGCUGCUGGGGACGCUGGAGCGGUUCGUUGAGCAGGAAAAUGAGUCGUUCUACGACGAACGGGACGAGGGCUUGCUGGAAAAACUCCGAACCGGGCAGGUUGAUGUGGAUUCGGUGGCGCUGGAUUUGGAGCGGCUGUACAAGGAUGAGAUACUGGAGUACGCGGAUCGGGUUGGUCCGUCGGAUGAGGAGAUCUUUGCGCAGAGCUACCAUCAGUUGGUGCACUCGACCGUGCUGUCGGAAAUCUUGGCCAAGGAGCGGGAAUACGCCACAACUAUUGCCACUCUGACCGGUUCAAUGGCUCAGCAGAUGCAGACGAUGCACACGCUGCACCAGGAGGAGAUUGAGUCUAAGAUGAAACUACUGGAUAUUUCUGUUACGUCGGAAAAUAUCAACCAUAUCUUAGCUAAACAAUACGGAAUGCAAAACAUGAUUCGGAAGCAGUGUGAAUCGGAGUUAGAAUCGACAAAGGGUCACCAAAAGUACGAGUACCGUGACUGGAUAACGACCCACAUUGACGAGAACUUUUUGGCGGAGUCGACUGAAUCUCCCACCCAAAUCGGAAAUCGCUGGUCAAUGAUCAGCACGCAAGGUCCGUCUAUGGAGGAAAGUUUCACCAUUCAUCUGGGCUCGCAGCUGAAGCACAUGCACAACAUCCGAAUUCUUAGCACCAAGAUCGGUGACCUGUGCAGUCCUCUGUACAGUGAAAACAGCUUCGGAGGUCCGAACGUGGCCCUCGGACUGUAUUCGAGUUCCCUGUGCGGAAUUGUCGUGCUGACCCCGUCCGGUAACGUCCAACCGGACUCGGAGAUUCGUCGCAACGCCAACAUGUCAACGGAGUUUCACUUUGACCAGAUUGACGUGCAGAUCGAAAAGAUCCAGAACGAUCUGCGCAAGUUGCGUGAAUGUCCGGACGAUGAGCAGGGCGCCGCCGCGGCCCGAGUGGACAAAAACAGCACCCGCUUGAAGCCCGGCGACGUGUUCAUCACGCGCCACUCAAAUCUGUCCCACUCGCACGUAAUUUUCCACCUCAUUUCCGACGAAACAUUCCAAAGCCCGAGCGAGAUCAACUCGCGCCACCCGGUCAUUCUGGGGCUGCGUAACAUACUGAAAAUUUCAAGUCGCCACGACAUCACCACGCUGACAAUUCCGGCUCUGCUGCGGCACAAAAUGUCCGAGGACAUGACCGUCUCGUGGUGCGUGCGGCGUGCCGAGCUGGUGUUCAAGUGCGCCAAGGGCUUCAUGAUCGAAUCUUCGAGCUGGGGUGGGGCGGAACUGAACACGCUGCAGCUACUGCUGCCGCACGACAUAUCCGAGGAACUGUUCCGGACGCUGGCGGACAUGGUGCCGCACGUUUUCCGGGUGGCCAAUCCAAAGGUGCUGCAGUAGGUGGCGUGCAAUCUCUAUAAUAAUCGCAGAAUGAUUAAUUGUGUUUUUAUCCCGUUUAGCUUGUAUUGGAAGUACGUAAACAUAUUAA